GACAAUCUCCAACGUACUCGAUUUCCUAGCACUUUUUAUAUGGAGUCAGAAGGCCAGGCAGAGGGGGAUUUGAGGGCAAUUUUGCAUGAAUUGGAGGAUAAAUACAAGGAAACCGAGGAGAAUUAUAUGAAAUGGGAGGGAUAUGGAAAAGAGUACGAAAAAUUGCGGUCUUUUUUGGUUGAAAUUUCGAAAACUACGAGGCGAUCCUAUUUUGUUCCUUUUAGUGAGAAAGGGUUUAUUCCGGGAGUUCUAAUUCAUACGAACGAAAUUCUGGUUCUUUUUGGUGAAAAUUGGUUCGUUGAGCGAUCAUCUUCGCAGGCGGUUGAUAUCGUUGAUAGAAGGGUUGAAUAUGUCAAUAGUUGCUUAAAAGUUCUUGAUAAGAAGAGAAAAGAGUUAAAAAAUCGUCUCGAAAGGGUAGCUAAAAAAAGUGGGGAAAAGAUAUAUAAUGAGGAGGGGCUUCCUAUUGUGGAGAUUCGGGAGGAAUUGAAUGAGGAUGGGUCUAUUGCUAAUUCGGAAAUUUUUGAUAAUUUGGGGGAAGAUUGGUUAAAAGAAGCGUCGGAUGAGAUUAUGAGGAAGUUUAAUAUAUUUUCAAACACAUCAGAAGAAUGUGAGAUUUCGACGAAUAAUGCAGGAACGCCGACUAAAUAUGAUGUAAAUAAGGAUUAUUCAGUGUCGAAUGUCGAUAAAUUAGAUGAUAUAGAAAGAAUAAUUGAUAUUAUGAAUGAAUUAGAGCUGAACGAGGAUGAAAAUGAAUAUUCAAGUGAUAGUGAGGAUAGUGAGGAUAUUGAGAACGAUUAUGAAAGGACAUGUAGAUCUAUUAGUCCUGUAUGUCCGGAUAAUAGUUCAAAAACGUGCAAAUCUAGUAAAAAAGUGACUUUUUCAGAUGAUAUCGUAUCUCUACCUGAUGAUAAUUCUGAUCAUGAAAAUGAAGAUACUUUUAAAGAAGAAAAUAUAAAACCCGGUCCUAUUAUUAAGGACGUUGUCGAAAGACCUUGUACUCAAUCAACUGAAGAUGUUUUAGAUAAUUUAACAUCCUCACUUCAUCGACGAGAAAUUGCUACUGAAUAUUACAAAUUAAAGCAAAAGUUUCGAGCACAAAUUCAUUCUUCUGAUACUAAUUCACAUCAUUCUUGCAUUGAAGACAAAAAUUCUUCCAAAAAAAUUAGUCGUUUUAAAGCUGCUAUUAUGGAUAGAAAAAUUUAAUCUUUUUUUUACUUAAAACUUUAUUUCUCAAUUCAAUUCAAUAUC